AUGAAGAAGAAGAAGCCUACGAAGGCAGACCUUAAGUUGCCUAACCACUGCAGCGAGAUCAUCCAAAAGGACAGGGCCGUGAAGCAAAGAGAUCCCGGUCAGUUCAUCAUUAGGUGCUCAAUUGGAGAGGGCAAGGUAGACAAGUCCCUUUGCGAUCUAGGAGCAAGCAUAAACAUCAUGCCACUGAAAUACUAUGAGAAGCUCAACAUCGGACCGCUAAAAAAGACGUCGGAUGUGAUCAUAAUGUUGGUCGACAAUUCGGAAAUCAAAAUAGUGGGUAUGAUUGAAGAUGUCUUGGUAAAGGUAGAAGAUUUUAUCUUCCCUGCCAACUUCAUUAUUAUUGAUAUGAAAGUAGAUAAAAAUGUACAUCUAAUCUUAGGCAGAGAUUUUCUAGCCACAUGCAAAGCUCUUAUUGAUGUAGGUAGAGGCGAGAUCACAAUCAGUGACAACUACAGUCACUCCACCUACAAAAUAGAGAGCGAAAUGCUUAAGUAUGAAGAGGCGCAACAAACCAAGAUGUAG